UCACUGUCUUUUAUUUCUUCACUCUCCACUACCUAAAGCUGAAGAAAAGAAACAGAGUAAACCAAAAAUAAAUAAACAUGGGAGAAGAGAAGGAGAAGCUGGCGCUUGUGUUAGCUGCGAAGUCAAGAUCAUUGUUGUACACAUCAUCACCAGCUACUCCAUGUGUGUUUGCCUCUCCGAUUCACACUCUUGCCUCUGUUCCGUUUUGCUGGGAAGAUCAACCAGGCAAGCCCAAGAACCCUCUUCUUCCUCUUUCUUACCCAAAAUAUCUUGAACUGCCACCGCGCUUGCUCCUUACUGGAGAGUUAACUCAAAUGCCCUUGCCUGAGAGGAAGCAUGGGCUCUUUGGGUUCAUCAGGAGGAAAGGUAGAGGAGAGAUUUUUGUCAGGGGUAGUUAUGUCUUUCCGUCGGAGAAAGAGAGAGCAGGUGAGAUCAACAACUACAAGAGCAUGAAGAUCAUGAAGUUUAACAGAUCAGGGAGCUUCCAUGGUGGUGGCUCAGUAAAAGGAUCUCACUUUUGGGCAAGUUUGUGUAAGGGAUUGAAGCAGGCAAUGCCAUGGAAUAACAAGAAGCUGAGAAGCAAAAGUCUUUGAGCAUAUUUUCAACUGCACUACAAGCACACAAUGAUCAUCCUUUGGUCUACCUAUUGAGGAUCAAGUUGAUGUAAAAGAGCUACUAAUGUGAGUGUAUGUAAGACUAGAAAUUUCAUAAUAAUGUAAAAUUGAUAAUCUUUCUGAGGGUAUGUAAAAUAUAUCAUGUGGCAACAAAAGUUUCUGAGCUUUUCAAUUUAAAUGAAUACACCUUAUUAAAGGGAUGAA